CGGGUGUUGUGCGGCAGCAUACGGAGCUUAUGGCAGUGGAACUGGGGAAGCCUUUGGCGCAGGUUGAAGCUGUUAAUUGACCAGGAGAAGGCCUACCAAGAACGAAAGGACGAGGAGAGCGACACAAAGCUCACGAGUGUGAAGGACGAGCUGACAAAACUCAAGUCGUUUGCGUUGAUGGUCGUGGAUGAACAGCAGCGUCUCACCGAGCAGCUGAACCAACAAAAGGCCAAAGUCCAAGAUUUAAGUGCCAGCGCCUCACAGGCCCAGGAGGAGCUGAGCUCAGCUAAUGCCCGUCUGCAGGAAGAGGAGCAAAAGGUCUUUCGCUUGGAGUCUGAGCUGCGUGACCAAGCUUGUCGAUACCACCUGGAGCAAGAGACCAUGACCGCCAAAUUGACCAGCGAGGAUGCCCAAAGCAGGCAGCUGCGCCAGAAAAUGUCGACUCUCAGCAGGCAGCUUGACGAGCUGGAGGAGACCAACAAGACCCUGCGCCGAGCCGAGGAGGAACUGCAGGAGCUCAGGGAUAAAAUUAGCCGUGGCGACUGUGGAAACUCCAGCCUCAUGUCUGAGCUCGAAGAGCUACGUAAGAGGGUCCUUGAAAUGGAGGGAAAGGAUGAGGAGCUGAUCCGGAUGGAGGACCACUGCCGGGACCUCAACAAGAAACUGGAGAAAGAGGCAAAUCAAAGCCGAAGUCUAAAGGCGGAGGUCGAUAAGCUGAACCACAGGAUUAUGGACUUGGAGAAAUUAGAGGACGCGUUCAGCAAAAGCAAACAAGAGUGCGGCUCGCUCAAAAGUAACCUGGAGAAGGAGAGGACAGUGUCAAAGGUGAUGACCAGUGAGCUGGAAGUCUUGAAGGUCAGGGUCAAUGAGCUGGAGGCAGCUGAAACCCAACUGGGAAAAGCUGAGCUGACACUGAAGGAAGAUCUGACCAAGUUAAAGACUCUGACAGUAAUGCUGGUGGAUGAGAGGAAAGCUAUGGCAGAGAAGAUAAAGCAAAUGGAGAGCAAGGUCCAGAACAGCACCGGCAAACUUCAGGCUGAGCAGGACAAGGUGACGUCAGUCACGGAGAAGCUCAUUGAGGAGAGUAAGAAAGCACUGAGGUCAAAGGCUGAGCUGGAGCAGAAAAUGUGCAGCGCGACAAAGGAAAGGGACGACUUGAGGGCAAAGUUGAGGCUGGAGGAGGAAAAAAGCUUGGAUUUGGAUUCAAAGAUCAACAUGAUGAAGAAACGGAUGCAAUCCAUGGAGACCAAAGAAAGGGAAUACCUGAGGAGCAAAGCUAAAGAGGAGCACAUCAAAACACCUAUUGGUAACCGCUUCCACCAGGAGGACAACAAAGCUCAGAAUUUGACGCAGGAGGUGGAACGCCUCAGACGCAAAUUGAAGGACAUGAAGGUGGUCGAGGGCGACUCCUUAAAAACAGAGGAGUGUGAAUCACUGGAGAAAAGACUCAACAACGAAGAAGAGAAGGCAAAGGCAUUGAUGGAGGAGCUGGAAAUAUCCAGAAAAGAACUUUCCCAGUAUCAACUGGCUGAAAAGGAAGAAUGCAACCAAGAGCAUGUUCUUUACAAGCGCUUGAAGGAGGAGGAGGCAAAGUCCAGUCACCUGAGCAGAGAGGUGUCAGCCUUGAAGGAGAAGAUACACGAAUACAUGGGGACAGAGGAGUCGAUUUGCCGCAUGAAAACUGACCACUCGUCACUGCAAAGAAAGCUGACCCAGCAGGAGGUCAGGAACAAAGAACUGGCCAGAGAAAUGGAGACGCUCACUCGAGAGCUUGAAAGAUACAGGCGAUUCAGCAAAAGUCUCCGGCCCGGCAUGAACGGGAGACGCUUUUCAGACCUUCACGUUGCCACCAAGGAAGUUCAGACAGAGCCCCUCGACCUCAUGUCUCCCAACUGCAAGUCGGCAGCCCCACUGGAGCGUGCCGUGGUGAACGGCAAACUGUACGACGAGAGCGAGCCGGAAGAUAACGAAAACUACAGUAACGAGCUUCAGCUCUCCAAAUGCAGCCCCUCGCUCAUCAAUAACGUGAAUAACCUGAACAACAACAUGAGAAGAGCACGAGUCCCAUUCCUGAAAAGCAAAGACGCCUCCCCGCAUCAGGCGAAUGGCCAAGUGCCGCCGCGGCAGAACGGCAAUCACGUCCAGCCCGGGGAUGUCGUGCUGACCCACAGUCCCGGGCAGCCUCUGCACAUUAAAGUGACUCCUGACCACGGACACAACACAGCCACGCUGGAGAUCACCAGCCCAACCGCAGAAAACACCCCGUCAUUCACCAGCACCGCCGUCAUACCCACAAGUGGAGGUCCACCCAAACAGAGAAUCACCAUCAUCCAGAACGCUUCCUUAUCCCCUACAGCAAAAUCCAUCUCCCCGACAACCAAAUCCAAAGGUUCCCCAUUGUCCGACGAGCUGUGUUCACCGGACAGGGCCCUCUCGCCUUUCGCCAUGGCCACGUACUCCAGAGCAAUGACCCCAGACUCUUGUGGCUCCGUCACACCGGACAGAGCCAUGUCACCGCUACAGAUCGUGUCCGUCACAACCGGCACCCCGGACCGCUCCCUCUCCACGGAGCCGCUGGAGGUCGUCGGAGGGCACGCCGUGUUCCGCGUGACCCCGGAGAGGCAGAGCAGCUGGCAGGUCCAGAGGUCCAACAGCUCGGGGCCCAACGUCUACACCACGGAAGACAACAAAAUCCACAUUCACCUCGGCAGCCCCUUCAUCCAGAGCAUCAGCACCCCGACACAAACGCUGAGUCCGUGCCACGCGGCCGGACUCCAGGAGCAAAGGACUCAGGUGCUCGCCAACUGCAGCGCUCCUGCCGCCAAAGGCCACAGCAAAAUCACAAGUAGCAUCAUGAUUAAGCCCACGUCCACCCCAAUCCAAAGGCCAGCACAGAUUACAGUAAGUAAUGUCUACGACUGACCUGAUAACCCCCCCCAAAACCCUCCAUCCCAUCCUUUGUUUGAACCACGCCCAUGAAAUCCAGUUCCAGUUAAGACCCUUUAAACCCCCACCUCGACACCCUGAUGCAUUUACAUCGUCUGUUUUACUUGAUUUAUGAGCUUUGACUAAGGUUUGAAUGUUUUUCAUUUUUUUCAACUGUUUGCCUGCAUGAGAGAACAAUAUCAUUUGAACACACUCUGACACGACACCAGGGUUUUAACUUAUGUGCACUUACUGUAUUGUACUCAAUGGCCAAUGGGCCAUAUAGUCCGACUAUUCACACUGAUGUAUCAUACCAGUUUUUAUACUUCACAUAACACAUAGUGCAUUAUGAAUCUUUUGUUUUGACUUUUCUGAGAAUUAAAGUGUGCAAAAACCAUGUUGUUUAUGUUUUAGUUUGACAUCCAUGCUUGCCAAUUUCAUUUACUCACUAAAUCCAGCAUGUUUUGAUUGUGUAAAAUAAAAAAAUAAAAUAAUCGGAGGACAAUGCAAUUGGAUUGA